GAUUGAUUUAUUACAGUUCAUAUCCGCGUUUUUUUUGUUUCCUUUUUUUAUAUUUUUUUUGUAUUAAAUUUGUUAAGUUGGAGUGAAAAUUCUGUGUCUCUGUAGUCACUAUCAGAUCUGCAUUUUGGCUUUGUUUGUGGGGGAAAACAUAGUACGUUAAAAAAGCAUUGUCUUUACGAGGUAAUAUCCAAGUGGUUUAUUUGGGGUUCUAUGUUGGAAUUUGGGCUAUUUUAAAACAACAGUCAAAUGGAAUGAAAUUGUUAGGAGAUUCUUGAAGUUUUAUGUUGUUUAUGUGUUUGUUUUGGUGUGAUGGGAUUUGAGGAUCAAGUUUUGAGCUUUGGGAGAGUUUUUAUUUGGGAAUGAAAUUGUUUAGGGGUUCUUGAAUUUUCAUGUUGUUUAUGUGUUUUUGUGGUGUAUGAUUGGAUUUGGGGAUAAAGUUUAUAAACUUUUAGAGAAUUCUUUUGUGAGAAUGAAAUUGUUUGGAGGUUUUUGAAGUUUCAUGUUGUUUAUGUAUUUGUUCUAGGUGUUUUUGUGGUUGGAUUCGGGGAUCAAGUUUGAAACUUUGGGAGAAUUCUGGCAGUGAAAGUGUUAGGAGCUUCUUGAAGUUUCAUGUUGUUUAUGUAUUUGUUCUAGGUGUUUUUGUGGUUGAAUUUGGGGGAUCAAGUUUGAAACUUUGGGAGAGUUCUUCUUAGGGAAUGAAAUUAUUUGGAGGUUCUUAAGUUUCAUGUUGUUUGUGUGUUUGUUCUGGUGUUUUUGUGGUGUGUAAUUGGAUUUGUGGAUCAAGUUUGAAACUUUGGGAGAGUUCUUAUUUGGGAAUAUUGAGGUUGUCAGGGAGUAAAUGUUUGUUGGAUUGAAUCGACUGAUUAAGAGCUCUUCUUGACUAUUGUGGAGUUUUUGUGAUGAACUGAGAUGUGGAAAAGAAGAAGAGGUGAUCUCAGGAUUAAAGAAUUGGAGAACGCCGGAAGUUCAUAUUCUCCAGAUUCAACUAUAACAAGGUAUAAGUUCUCAGCUUCGUGGUGGAAUUAGGGAGAUUUAGCUUGGACUAGUUGGUUGGUAGGAGGAGAAAUGGGGUCAAGAGAAGAGAGGCAUAGGUUGAAUCAUGAUCUCGUGCCAUUAGCAGCACUGAUUAGCAGAGAAUUGAGGAAUGAAAAAAUGGAGAAGCCAACUGUAAGAUAUGGAUGUGCAGCUCAGUCUAAGAAAGGUGAGGAUUUUUAUCUGAUGAGGACAGAUUGCCAGAGAGUCCAAGGCAAUCCUUCAUCCUCCUUCUCUGUGUUUGCGAUCUUUGAUGGACAUAAUGGGACUGCAGCGGCAGUGUUCUCAAAGGAUCAUUUACUAAAUCACGUUUUAAGUGCCAUUCCUCGUGGACUUGGGAGGGACGAGUGGCUUCAUGCUUUGCCUCGUGCACUAGUUGCUGGGUUUGUGAAAACUGAUAAGGAGUUCCAGAGAAAAGGACAAACAUCUGGAACUACAGCUACGUUUGUGAUAGUUGAUAGAUGGACUGUGACAGUUGCGUCUGUUGGAGAUUCACGCUGCAUUUUGGAUACUCAGGGUGGUGCUGUUUCAGAAUUAACUGUAGACCAUAGGCUUGAAGAAAAUGCAGAGGAAAGGGAGCGUGUCACAGCAAGUGGGGGUGAAGUAGGAAGACUUAGUAUCUGUGGUGGUACUGAGAUUGGUCCUCUUCGCUGUUGGCCAGGAGGUUUAUGCCUUUCAAGAUCAAUCGGAGAUAUGGAUGUAGGAGAAUUCAUUGUUCCAAUACCAUAUGUCAAACAAGUGAAACUAUCAACUGCAGGUGGAAGGCUAAUUAUUGCAUCUGAUGGAAUUUGGGAUGCUGUAUCAUCAGACAUGGCUGCCAAGUCUUGUCGUGGCUUGCCUGCUGAGCUUGCUGCUAGACAAGUUGUGAAGGAAGCUUUGAGGUCACGAGGGUUGAAGGAUGACACAACAUGCAUAGUAGUUGACAUAAUACCUCCCGAUAACACUGUACAGCCUGCAACUCCGCCCAAGAAGUAUAACAAGCUCCAAUCUCUUUUCUUCAGAAGAAAGUCACAUAAAUCUGCUGCUAAACUAUCGAAAAAGCUGUCAGCUGUAGGCAUUGUAGAAGAACUGUUUGAAGAAGGCUCAGCAAUGCUUGCUGAAAGAUUGGGGAGUGAAGAUUCAAAUGGUCCAUCAAUGUCCGGUCUCUUCAUCUGCGCUGUUUGCCAAGUUGACCUUGCUGCAAGCGAAGGCAUAUCAGUACAUGCUGGCUCAAUUUUCUCGACGAGCUCAAAGCCUUGGCAAGGUCCAUUUUUAUGUGCUGACUGUCGUAAUAAGAAGGAUGCCAUGGAAGGAAAACGACCAAGUGGAGUUAAAGUCGCUUAACUCGUCCAUCGUUUCCAAGUGUGUCUACAAUUUUGUUAUAGUAAUUCUUUCUGAUAUGUGCCUCAUAUCUUAGUUAAUUUAUCGAACAUUGGCAUCAGAGCAUACUAUAUGUCAGCCAAUAAUGUAAAUAGGUUCUAUCAAAUGAAAAAGUGUGAUAGACUGAUAGUAGUUUUGAGAUUAAUCUAAAAGAAUAAAUUUUCACAAAAACUACUUAUUUUGUACUUGAAGAUAGUGAAAGAAAAUUUGCUGAAAUCUCAGCUGAUUCUGAAGCAAAUUUAGUCGAUGAGUUCAAUUGUUGCCUCUGUAUCUUUUUCUUUUAGCAUGGGAGAAUUUCAUGUCUCA